CAUCCGAAUCUUAGCAUUCGACAACACAGAGCACAAUGUAAACGCCAACUGUCAUAUUAGCUGCAUGCAUUAGUUACUGUUGUGGCGUCGCCGUGUGAGAGUGCAUAAAUUUAUAUGGUGUACCGGUUUAUAACUACAGUGGACGUAACAAGUGUUUUUACUUGUUGAGUGUACGUUUUUUGUUCCCUAAUUCCAUCUUCCUGUCGCGAUGGCAUCGCCUUCUACACCCAGGGGUAGAGGAUCCAAAAAAAUGGGUCCCAUCAGCGAGUCCGGAUUAUAUUACAUCGAGUCUCAGGAGGAUCUAGACACUUAUUUUCAGCAAAUGAAAGUCUCCUCGGACGAACCGAGCUCGCCAUCUUCAUCUUCAAUGUCUACAUCUUCUUCGUCUUUUACAGACCACCUCUGCCGUGGUUUUCCGAUGCAGUUGCACGUUCCAGAGGCGUUCGCUGCCCAUGAAAAGAAGCCGAAAAAUAUGACAAUCAACACCAACAACAGCCGUGAGAAUAAUAACGAAUAUCAGCCUCAGAUGCAAUUUCAUGUGAACGAGAAUUUGAAAUCGCCCACAAAGACGCCAGAGGAUGAGAACAGAACUUUGAGGUUUGUGGGUCGGCGAGGUCUGGCGAGUGGCGAUGGUGUUGAUAUCAAGAGCGUGAAGGGGACAGUGAGAGGUGUCAAAAAUAGGGUCAGGGCUGGCAUAGCCAAUUUCGAGUUUAAACCACUGGAUAAUAAAAAGAAAACGUCAGUAGUUAACUCUGCAGAUGAGGUCGGUAGGAUAAUCAUCUACACGACCAGCGUAAGGAUCAUCCGACAGACUUUCGAAGACUGCCAGUACGUCCGCAAAGUCUUCCAGAACCACAGGGUGCGGUUCGAGGAGCGGGAUCUCUUCAUGAACGCAAAACAUCAACAUGAGCUGGAGGAGAGACUAGGCACCACGGCAGAUAUCAACCUGCCUAUCUGUUUUAUAGAUGGAGAGUUAGUUGGGGAUCUGAGGAAACUGGAAGAACUCAACGAAAGCGGAGAAUUGAGGAGAAUUCUAAAAAGAUUUGAGAAGCACAAUCCUAUGAUCAGCUGCAAUGGGUGCGGCGGUCAUCGCUACAUACCCUGUACAUUUUGCAAUGGUAGCAAGAAGUCGUUAUUACGUAACAACUGGACAGACUCCUUUAUAGCGCUCAAAUGCUCGUACUGCGAUGAGAAUGGCCUACAGAAGUGCCCGGAGUGUCACAGGCAGUAGGCUAUUUUUUAUACUUAAAAUUUAUAAUUAUUAAUUGAAUUCAAUUUUGUGUAAGAAUCUAUGUGCAUAUGAUUGUAAAUAAAAGAGUUUAGUCAGGAGCUUUAUCAUAGUAUCUAUUAUUGCAAGGAAAUGUAGUUAUUUUGUAUCUAGCCUAAAAAAACCCCAAUAAAGACAAAGACUUGAUUGUUAUUGUUCAAUGACAUUGUAAUAUGUCUUUAUUCAAUUAUGAAAUUUGAGACAUAAUGUCUUGAAUAAUCUAGGCAAAAACUCAAGUUUGCAUAUUAAAUGUGUAGGUAUUCCGGGCAGCCUAUUUGUGGAAAGAUGCUAUUGAAAUUUCAUAUUCAGUUUUGUGCAAGGAUUUCUUUACAAAUUUACCCCAUCUUAAAUUGAUAUGUCAAGAGGAGUUUUUUUAUAGAACAUAGCUGAACAUUUUCCACUUUUAAGAGCCUAUUUAUAUGCCAAAUUUUUAAAAUUGUUAUUUUUCAUAUAUCUGUUUUGCCUCUGGACUUAAAUUUUCAAACCAACACUAGAAAACGAUAUUUACAGGUAGAUAGAUAUUCAUGUAACUUAAGUUGAAAGAAUACAUGUUAUGAGGGUUUCAUAAUGUUUAGAACCAAAAUAUAGCACACAAGAUUCAUCCACCCAAAAUGGAAGUCCUUUCUAAUUUCUUAUUUCUAACUCUUAUUUCUAUUGUAAAUAGCACAUACACUAUUUUCUUAUUAAGUAUUUUGAAAUUAAAAUGAUUAAAAAAUUGAAUAUUUUGUAUGUUUCUGUGCAGUAUAUGCAAUUCAUGUUGUGAGCGUGAUUGUCGUGCAAAGUGUAUUUUUGUUAAACCUGUCAUUUUUCUGCAGUUGAUUCUAUUGUAUAUUCUGGAAAAAUAGAUUUAAAAGUAUAAACUUAUAUAUAUAUUUAUAUAUACCAUAUAUUUGUAUACUAAAGAGAUAAUUUGUACCACAAAAUUGAAGAAUAACGGUGGAUAAAGAAUACUUACUUUCUGUUGGUAUUGUCCAAUUUUAACUUUUUGUUCAUUCUUGCAGUUUAUUCUGACUUAUGCCAGAUGAAAGCUUUACUACGUUUUUAUUCACUGCUCUUCUUCAAUUCUAUUUGUAUACAUCAUAUUGUUGUAAACCUUUAAUUAUGUCUCGUCUUUCACUCAGCGCCUUACAUGCCUCAGUCAUGAUCAGUCAUUUCUUUUCUUAGAAUCUAACUAACACUGAUAAAUUAGAUUCUUGUUUGAUAUUUCUAUUGUAGAGUGUAUUCAGCUUGAAAUAUAGUAAUGCUGCUACAAUGUCAGAUGAUUAAAUUCAGGGGCUCAUCUAUAAAAAAAUAGAUGUUUUGGCAUUUAUAAUUUUUGAUUGAGAUUGCAUGCAAAGACUGAACAGUCAUUAUAGGAAUACCAGUUGUAUAUUUUACUGAUGUCUCCAUGCUUUACCUUUUUCCUUUUGUAAGUGAGUGCCUUACUCCUGAUGAGAUACAACCAACCAUAUCAAGAAUAUAAAACAAGUAGGGAAAAGCAGAUCACAAAAUAUUUUUCUAUUAUCCAUGCAUCACAAAAUGAGUUGCAUUUAGGUAAAGCUAGGAUCUAUCAUGAAGUUUGUUUUUCUUCAAACACUUCAUUAGGGAUGCCAAGGUUUUGGGUUCAAAUCCACAUUUUCCACUCUUUCAACCAGUUGUAGGAUUCAUUCAUUAAAAUGUACUGUGCCCUAGUCGCUGCAACUAAGGGUGGGGCAAUCAUUUCCAAAGUUCUUUGGAAGCACAUUCAGACACUGUAUGAACAAAAGAAUAAAUAUUAUGUUGUCAUAAAGUUUGCAAAGAGGCCUUGUCCUACAUGUAUAAAAUACCUAAUCACUUUGUAUCAAAUGCCUUGCAAUUAUACAUUGUACAUUUGUAAAAUAUAUAUAGCAUGAAAUAUCCUAUUUAGAAUUUCUGAAACGGGACAUGUUAAUGAUACAGGGAAAGGUGCAUACUCUUAUUUAUUUGAUGAUGUUGUAGAUGGAAAUAAGAGAAUUUUUUAAUGGAACACCUUGCCAAACUUUGAUAUAUAUACUUCUUGUAAUCACUUGCAUGUUACUCAGUAUAUACUAAGUUUUGCUAAGAUAUGAAGUACAUAAUUGCUUAAUUUUGUAAUUAACAGCUAUGAUUAUGUAUGCAGAUUUUUUGUAAAGAUAUUAGAGUUUGCAAUGGCAUAUUUAUAUCUGAGAUGGUUCCAAAUAUCUACUAUAUGCUGAUGCAAAUUUGGACAUAAUUAUAUUUCAUACUGCUUGAUUAUAAUUAUGUGCCUCACAAAAGGUCGUUAGCAGCAAGCAGCAUUACGAAUACACAACUAGCAAUGCCUCUGUUUAAAACGUCCUUUUGAUAGGCACAUGCUCAUUCAUUGAAU